ACACUGUUGAGGUGAUCCAUGGCAACAGAGGAGCAGCAACCAACCGCUGAGCCUGUCCUACACACACCCGGACACACACACGGACACACGUACCUUCAAUCUCUACACACUCUCCGUCAAUGUAGUCGGAAUGCACCGAGGAAGAAACACUCUUAGCGGCUCCCGUUGAGACAUUUCGGCAUCAAGGUGACCGGCCGGGAGCCCGAAAGCCGCCCCGCAGCACCAGUCAGCCGACCAGACCCGCAACUCGGAGUGCCGAAUACAGCAUUUCAACGGACAAGAUGGUUGAAGCAGAGGCAUCUGGAGCUUAAAAAUCCCUAAAUCCACCCCUCGGUGAACAGGUAUCCGGAACCGAGUAAAAAAAUGAAGACAAUUCGUCUAUCAGUCCUAGGGCUAAAAAGGCUUUAAAUGCUUAAUUAAUUCUGUUGUGUCGCGGCCAAAAAUCUGCCACUGUCCCGGGUCACUCCACCGCUCGCCGGUCCCCCCCCCCCCCGCUCCCCGUCAUACAGCCAGUAUCUCUCUUCAGCAUCUGGAGCAUCGUCGUGAAGAUGGCGUCUGGGUCGAGUUGGCAGCAGUAUUACUGCCCUGCCGGUCAGGGGAAAUUUAGCACAUCUACUGCAACCAGCAUGUCCUUUCAGACCGGCAUCACCAUGGAAUAUACCCAAGACCUGCACCUGAAGAUGAGCAAGAAAAUAGCCCAGCUGACGAAGGUCAUCUACGCACUGAACACGAAAAACGACGAACACGAAGCGGCCAUCGCCACUCUGAAGGAGGCCCACGAGGAGGAAGUGCAGCAGAUUCUGUCCGAAACCAGAGAGAAGAUACUACAGUACAAGAGCAAGAUCAGCGAUGAGAUCGACCUGAAGAGGCGGAUCCAGUCCAUGGAGGAGUCCAUGGAGCUCCACGAGAGGAUGAAGAGGCAGGCGUUGGCCGAGUUUGAGAGCUACCGUCAGCGGGUGGAGGACAUGCAGCUUUGCACUGAGGCUCAGCACACGCAGCGGGUGGUGUCCAUGUCGCGCGAGGUGGAGGAGAUGCGACGGUCCUUCGAGGAGAAGCUGCGUACCUUCAGCCAGGCUCAGAACCAGUUUGAGCAGGAGAAGAAGGCUGCUCUGGAGGAGCUGAAGAGCCAGCACAGGCAGGAGGUCCAGGAGCUCCUCCGCAGCCACCAGAGUCACAACGCAAACUACAGUAAAGACCAGGAGAAACUGGGGCAGCUUCACAAAGCCGAGGUGGAUUCUCUGGCGGAGCGUGUGGAGGAACUCAAACAGGACAAAAAGAGACUGGUGGAGGAGUAUGAAGCCAAACUCAGCAAGGCUCAGUCUUUUUACGAACGAGAGCUGGAGGCAAUGAAGAGGACUCAGCAGCUAACCGCCGACAACCUGCUGGCGUGGAAACGCACCGAGUCCGAACUGCGGCGGGAAUUUCAGACUCAGGAGGCGGCACUCCAGAAAACCUUGGGAAAGCUGAGGGCCGAGUUGGCCAGGAUAACGGAUGAAGCUCGGGAAAACCGGGAGAAGUCCCACAGGCUUCAGGGGUCCCUCACCGCGGCCGAGGGGACCGUCAAGGACUUAACCAAGCAGCUGGAUGAAGUGACCCAGAACUCCGAAAUUGUGGAGAUCCGUCAGAAGGAAGCAGAGUGUGAACUUGAGGCAGCCAGAGACCGAGUUCAGCAGCAAGCGACUGAAAUACUGCUCAAAGCUAGUCAAAUAAGCAGCCUGCAGGCCACCCAGAUGACCCAGGAAGCGGCGAUCAGGGACCUGGACAACGAACGCAGCCGGCUGAAGGACAAAGUGCUGAGGAUGGAAGAAGAGAGGGAGUCCCUGCACAGCCAGAGCCAAGCCCUGGAUGAAAGACAGAAACAACAGCUCCAGUCCCUGGAGAAGACCCUGCGUGAGGAGAAGUUGUCCCACGAGAAGGAGAUGAACACCAUGAGAGGUCGAUCCGAAGAGGAGAUCAGCCAGAUGAAGGAGAGCCAGACCCGGGCCCUGGAGGAAGUCUCCAAAAAACACAGAGCGACCCUGGAGAACGCUCUCAACAACGCAGAGAAGGAAAAGAACCACAUGCUGGCCGAGCUGGAGCAGCAGUUUGAGACGGAGCGCCUCUCGCUGGAGGAGCAGAAGACGACCCUCAGGCAGCAGCUGGACGAGCUGAGCGAGGAGCUGAACUCCAAACUCGCCGCAGCCAGCGCAGAGGUGUUCCGGCUGCAGGAGGGCGUACAGCAGGGAGAGCAGGACAUUGGGAAAGCUGAGGGACAGAUCUGCACACUGAAAGAGGCGCAGGACAAGCUGCUGGAGGAGCUGGACGCCACCAGGGCCCGACUGAGGGAGACCAGCAACCUGCUGACUGCACUCCAGGGAGAGUUAGAGAUCCAAAAGCGUCAGCAUGAAGCCAAACUCAUCACCACCAAAGAAGAAGAAAAACUUAAGAUGGACAAAAUGGCUCUGGAGCUAGAGCUCAAAUGGACCGAAACACUCAGGCAGGAGUGUAAGAAGCUCCGCGAGGAGCUGAGAGAGGACCACGAGGAGGACAAGGCCUCUGCGCUGAGUCAGCUGGCACAAAGCAAAGAGCAAGAAAUGAGCAGCGCCAGGGAGAGCUGGCAGAGGAAAGUGGAGGACCUUCUGGAACAGAUCUCCCUGUUGAAGCAGAGUCUGGAGAUGCAGCUGUCCCAGUCGCAGUCGUCGCUGCAGCAGCUGCAGCACCAGUUCAGCCAGGAGAGAGAGCACCUGAGGAUGCAGCUGGACGAGCUGCAGACGGAGCACCAGAGACGACAGCAGCGUCUGCAGGAGAUCCACUGCUGCUCCAUGCAGGACAUGGAGCAUGCCAGGCAGAGGGACUUAAAGGAGUUGGAGGAGCGUCUGCGCCAUCAUCACCAUGCAGAUCUACAGUCUCUCAGAGAUUCUCACCGGCAGAGCAUCGAGACACUGAAACAACAGUCGGAACAAGAGCUGCAAACACUUCGCUUUGAACUGGAGGACGAGGGCAAAGCCAUGCUGGCCUCUCUGCGAUCAGAGUUGAACCACAUCCACGCAUCAGCCAUCGAACACCUGAGACAAAACCAUCAGCAGGAGUCAGCUGUUGCCAAGGUGGAGCUGGAGAAAACCCUGGAGAACAACCGGAUACAGGAGCGAGAGCUGUUGGGCAGGAUCACCGAGCUGCAGGAGGAGGUCUCCAGGAGGAAGAACCACAUCGCUCAGCUGGACCACCAGAUCCACACACUCAACGAAAAUAUCAGCACUCUGACUAAAGAGCUGGAGCUCAAGGGCAAGGAGGUGCUCAAGAUCCGUAGCGAAGCCAAUCAGCAGAUCAGAGCUCAUGAACAAGAGUUGACGAAGAGGCACGAGAGAGAGCUCACUGAAAUGAGCGUUGUCCACAGCAGAGAGACGCAGAACAUGCUGUCAGACUUCAACAAGGCACAGGAAGUGCUCAAGGACAAGAUCUCCGCCCUUCAGAUACUGCUGGAAGGAACCGAGGACAAGUUCAGGAACAGGGAGAGUCGCCAGGAGGACCUGCAGGUCAUCGCUGAGCUGAAGGACAUGGUGUCUGAGAGAGAAUCUCUCGUCAAGAAACUGGUGGACGAUAAGAAGUUCUACCAGCUGGAACUCGUCAACCGGGAGACCAACUUCAACAAAGUGUUCAACGCCAGUCCUAACGUAGGAGUCAUCAACCCGCUCAUUAAGCAAAAGAAAAAGAUUGAGAAAACAGCAGCCAGCCGAUUCAGCAGCUCUCCUAAUGUCAGGGCUCUGGAGGCAGCCGGUAUGGGUGUGGGCGUGGCAGGUUCAGGAAGUGGGCAGCCCCCACUGCCCCCACCCCCGCCCCCAGCCCAGCCCAGCCGCCUAGAGCCCAUCCCCAACUCCCCCCUCCACCAUCUUGAACUCAACUCCAACAAACCUCUUCCCCCGCCGACCCCUCCCACCGAACCCAAGAAAUUCAUGAGCCCUCCUGAAACGAAGGACGCCGCCAUCGACUCCCCGGACGCCCAGCGCCAGGAGUGGUUCGCUCAGUACUUUUCCUUUUGAUUGACCACAAACCUGCAAACAUAAUGAUUCAGCAUGUCAACCAAACUUAAAGAAAAAGAAAAAAGACCAAGACAAAAAAAGAAAAAAAAUGUUAACUAUUUGUUCUUUAUUGCCAUUGAGUUUUUGGGGGGGAAUCAAUUCACUUUGGGUUCAGUCAGCUGAAGCUAUAAGUCAUGGUUUGAGAAUGGCUUUUCAUUGAGAACUGGCUGGCGUUCAUGUGGAGAAAAGGUCCAGAUCAUCAGCUUCCUGCAGUUGACUGAGGUGAAGCUGAAUUGAACCCGGAUCCGGACCGUCAAACGCCAUCACUCUGAUCUGAUUUGAUUGUUUGAUUGUCUCUGAUUGUUUCACUUUGGACGAGUUUCUCUUAGUACAGUGACAAAUGAUCAUCAGUAUGUUCGAUGUUUCUUUUAUUUCUUUUACUUCCUAACUAAUUUUUGCGGUUGAUUUAAAAGUAGGAAAAAAAACGAGUGAUGCAUUUUCAUGCUGCUAAUUGCCAUUGUUGGACUACGGUAAGAAAUAUAUCUAUAUAAAGAAAUAUACGGUAGGUUAUUGUGCUCUCUCUCUCCCUCUCUCUCUCUCUCUCUCUCUCUCUCUCUCUCUCUCUCUCUCUCUCUCUCUCUCUCUGUAUGUGGGCCACUGCAUCCAGCAUCUUAGACUAGGAGUGCUGAUCUAAGACCAGCUUGCCUCCUCAUUUAUGGUGAAGUUUUACAUGGAACCUGAUCCUAGAUCAGUUACACUUCUCUGAUAUGCUCUGUGAAUACAGGCUCUGAUUUUAGGACGGCACCAUCGUGGCAAGUUUGUUACAGCUGCAUAGCAGAUUUUGGUAGAAUAUUAAAACCUGUUUGUAUGGUCGUCUGUCUCAACACAGAUAUAAUGAUGUCUCACCAAUUUUAAAAACAAAAAUAGCAUAUUUUAUAUUUAUAUUAUAAUGUGUAUGCUUAAUAAAUUAUUGUGACAUUUA